CUCCUUUCUAGGUUUAUACCCCAGUCUGAGUGAACUGAACAAUUACAUGGGCCUGUCACUGUCCGAGGAGGAGCUGCAGCUCAAUCUAUCACUGGUCCCAUCUGGAGGAAAUGAUGUGGCCGUCCCCAACACCAUCUCAGGCAGGUUGGUUGCCCCCCUCACGGGUAAUGACAUCGGUCUGAGACGUGCUGAAAUUAAACAUGGAAUUCGGGAGCUGAUCUUGUGCAAAGACGAGAAAGGGAAGGUGGGCCUGAGGUUACGAGCUGUAGACAAGGGAAUAUUUGUCCAGCUGGUUCAGGCCAACUCUCCGGCCUCUCUGGUUGGCUUGCGGUUUGGAGAUCAGAUCCUGCAAAUCAAUGAGCAGACCUGCGCCGGAUGGAGCACCGACAAGGCACACAAAGCCCUGAAGAAGGCCGGACAGGACCGGAUCAGCAUGAUUGUACGAGACCGGCCAUUCCAGCGCACAGUGACGCUGCAGAAAGACAGUGCAGGACAUGUCGGGUUCAUUGUGAAGAAAGGACAGAUCACAUCACUGGUGAAGGACGGCUCGGCCGCCAGAAACGGACUGCUAACUAAUCACUACCUGUGUGAGAUCAAUGGGCAGAACGUCAUAGGACUCAAGGAUCGUCAGAUUGGGGAUAUUUUAGCAUCGAAUGGCCCCAGUGUGACAGUGACGGUGAUCCCCAGUAUCAUCUAUGAUCACAUUAUAAAGAGAAUGUCAGCCGGUAUCAUGAAGAAUUCUAUGGAUCACGCUAUCCCAGAGGUGUAA